CUACCGCUUCAAUCUGUAUCAGACGACACUUGUUUUGGUUAAAGAUUUUUUGAAUCAUAGUUUACGGUUAGUUAUGGAAGAAAACGGAGGUGGUGGCUCUAGCGAUGACACGAGGACAUGUCCAAGAGGACACUGGAGACCUGCUGAGGAUGAGAAACUCAGGCAGCUUGUCGAACGCUAUGGUCCUCAGAACUGGAACUCGAUUGCCGAGAAGCUUCAAGGAAGAUCAGGGAAGAGUUGCAGACUAAGAUGGUUUAAUCAACUUGAUCCCAGAAUAAAUAGAAGGCCAUUCACAGAAGAGGAAGAAGAAAGGCUCUUAGCAGCCCAUAGGGUACACGGAAACCGGUGGGCUCUCAUAUCGAGGCUAUUUCCAGGUCGAACCGAUAACGCCGUCAAGAAUCAUUGGCAUGUUAUUAUGGCAAGAAAACAAAGGGAAAAGUCCAAACUUUGCGAUAAAAGAAGGUACCAUGAUGAUUUACAUAGUCGUAAUCCGAAUAUUGAUCAAGAAUUACACCAAAGAGACACAAACUCGAAAAAGUAUUCUACCUCCAUCUCUUUUGCUACUAGCUAUAGUCAUUUUAUGCAAUUCCAGAAUUUAAACAAAGAUGGGAUUUCCUCAUGGAGCUUUGCAAGUCCGACCACCAUGCUAGCGGCCAAUCGAUCUCCAUCUUCUGGCGAUUUAACUACAGAUUGCUUCAGUUCUAGAAUGCAUCACCAUAGUUUAUCAGACCAUUUCACUUCCCGAAACUAUUUAAGUUCUAAUGGAGGAUAUAGGGACACUAGUGCAUACGGGCAUCAGUUUCACAAUAGGGUUCAUUUUUCAAACCCCAUCGAAAAUAGUCAUGAGACUGUGCUCAAGAGGCAGUUGGUUAGUUCCGAGAACAACCUGCCAAUGCCGGUUAGGUCGACAGCAAUUUUCGAGCAACAUAAAGAAGAAGAAGAGGAAGCAAUCAAACACAAGGAUGAAGUACCUUUCAUAGAUUUUCUUGGUGUGGGACUUUCUUCUUGA